ACGGGAUAGGCCUUCCGGAUAGGACAACUAAAGUUACAGAAUGCGUCCGUGGUUGUGGUUGGCGCGGGCGGUCUGGGGUGACCUGCUCUGCAGUAUCUCGCAGCAGCAGGCGUAGGCAGGCUGGGCAUCGUUGACCAUGAUGUCGUGGAGUUGUCCAAUCUACAACGGCAAAUACUACACACCGAAGCUCGCGUUGGAAUGCAUAAAGCUCUCUCCGCUGCAGAAGCUAUCAAGUUCACGGUGCAUCGCACCUGUACGAUCGACUCAUGCGCUGCAAAAACAGAUAAUCCCUAUAUAGCAUCAACUCUCGCAUGCAACUCACCGCCAUCACCACCGCCUUCACCGCGUCCAAUGCGCUCUCCUCUCUCCGACUACACCUCAUCCUCGACUGCACCGACAACCUCCCCACGCGCUACCUCCUCUCCGACACCGCCGUGCGCCUCGGUCGCCCACUCGUCAGCGGCGCCGCGCAGCAGUUCGACGGCCAGCUGUGCACGUCCAAUCUCGGCCCUGGCGAGGGCCCGUGCUUCCGCUGCCUGUUCCCGAAGGCAUUGACCCCCACGCUGGCUGGCUCGUGUGAGGAGCUGGGCGUGCUCGGGGUGGUGACUGGUUUCAUUGGGAAUUUUCAGGCGCUGGAGGCGAUCAAGAUCAUAAUGGGCCUGCACGGUGCCUGUGCAGCCUAUGAGCUCAGCAUUAUGAGUGUUAACUCGAAACGUGAACUUAUAGAUGGGAAGCCGACCAUGCUGAUAUACUCGGCGCUCAGCACGCCGCCAUUUCGAAGCAUCAGGCUACGCUCUCGACGGCCGAUCUGUCCCGCAUGCGGUAACGAGCGCGAGAAGGUGGGCACCAUCGAAGAAAUGGACCAUGUCAUGUUCUGCGGCGGGGAACGCCCGGAUUGGGUCGGCAAAGGUUUAAUGGAGGACAGGCCAGGCAGUCGAAUACGCGUCAAG